AUGUCGGUCGACGGUCAUGGAAUCGACAAGCGGGAAGUCGACGUGGAUUUUUAUGACAUCGAGUUCAAGCCCCCAACUCCGUCGGUCUAUGGAAUCAUAGGAGGGGCAGGCUCCUUUGCAGUUGUGGGAGCUCGUAUGGUUGCUGGUAAUGACCAUGGCAAGGCUGUCAGCUGGAUUGUGGACGCUGGGUCUGAUUUUCCUCCGGAUAUGACGAACACAAUUCUAUCAUGGAACACCGGUUGUGUGAUACGAGAGGACAAGGGUCGAUUAACUACACGCGCAUGGAAUGGUUACAGCGAGAAUGAGAAAAGAGACUUCAAAUAUUUGACACCCAAGUUACGCCUGGAGCCCUACAUGCUAUCAGAUGGUCAGCUUUUCUCCAAGACAUUCCACAUGGUGUGUUCGUCCGAAAGAUGCAUCCACAUUGUUCAAGAGAUUCUCCAGCGACGAGGAUCGCGUUCCUCAUCUCAAUCCACACGACCAAUCUUUGUUUGGGAACCCGUACCCGAUCUCUGUACACCCGAGGAACAAGAAAAGUUCCUCGCGGCCUGUCGCGUUGUCGACCUGGUCAGUCCUAAUGAGCUGGAGCUGGGAAUGAUGUUCGGGCGUCCUGGCUGGCAUGAAGCUGACGAGGGCGACCGAAAACUGGUCCAAAAGAUUCUAGAAUCCGGUAUUGGGCCGGAAAAGAAAGGCGCACUAGUGAUCAGAGCAGGUAAAGACGGUAGCUACACCUAUUCAAAAGGUCGAAAGGGAUUGUGGCUUCCAGCAUAUCACCAGUCUGAAUCUGAUCAAGUAUCAAAAGUCGUCGAUCCUACUGGAGCUGGUAACUCUUUCCUUGGUGCGCUAGCACAGGGUAUGAUCAGCAAAGAUCGCGAGCCCGGCGAAAUCAUGGACGAAAUACUAGCAACGUCGGAUAACUGGGACAAGAUCAAACACAAAUGGGGCAAUAAUGGGCAGAUUCCCCAGGCUCUUAUCUGUGCUACUGUCGCCGCCGGGUUUGUUGUAGAGCAAAUCGGAGUGCCUACAAUCUCAACAACGAAUGAAUAUGAAACAUGGAACGGAAUUGGAUUCAAUGAACGACUCCGUAAUUAUACACAGCGAUUAUGCAAAACCCUUGAGCAGUCUCCGCAAGACUAUGAAUGGGUGAUAGAUUAA